UCCCUGGACUGGCACACACACACACACACACACAAACUCAUCAGUGUGACCUGUCCCUGGGGGCAGUUUUCCAGUUCUACCAGCUCUCCAGUUCCCAGCGAGGAAGCCUUUCUGAGAUGGAGGAGCGGCUGGGGAACCUCUCAGGAGAGCUGCAGGCGCUGCGCGCGCACAGCCGCACGCUGGCGGGGAGUCUGCAGAGGGUGGCCGAGAGACUGUGCCGGGAGCUGUACGACAAACACGCAGGACACAGGUGCAGCCCGUGCCCGGACACAUGGUGGUGGCAGGGAGCCAGGUGCUACAAGUUCUCCGGAGACAGCCGCAGCUGGCAAGGCUGCCAGUCCUACUGCGAGGCGGAGAACGCCACCAUGCUGAAGAUUGACACGCAGGACGUUCUGGUAAGUGCCGGGUCUUCCUAGGGUUGGAAGAGGAUGGUAAGAGCAACACCUCCAGGCACAGGGGCUCACGCCGGUCACCCCAGCAACUCGGGAGGCUGAGAGCUGAGGAUCACGGUUCAAAGCCAGCCCAGGCAGGGAAGUCUGUGA